UGUUUUACGUUUAAAUCCACGUUUUUCACAAAUUUUGCUUGCCCUGGAGGAUUUCUCUAUAUGAACUCAUCAUGCUCAAUUAUAUUGCUCACCAUCUUCAAUAAAAUAUAUUUUUCUGCAAAAAAUACCUUAAUGGGUACCGUCAAGAACAUCCAAUCUGAGCUUGAUGAUGAGCGCAUCUUCAACACCACAAGUAGUCUACUUUUGGAUCCUGAAGAGUUCAGGAGACAAGGACACAUGGUGGUUGAUUUCCUUGCUGAUUACUUUCACAACGUCGGCAAGUAUCCGGUCCGUAGCCAAGUUGAACCGGGCUAUCUCCGGAAAACUCUACCGGAAGCUGCCCCCAAUACCCCGGAACCCCUUGAAAACAUCCUCCGGGAUGUCUACAAGGAUAUACUUCCUGGGAUUACCCAUUGGCAAAGUCCUAAUUUCUUUGCUUACUUUCCUUGCAUCUCUAGCACCCCCGGCAUUCUCGGCGAAAUCCUUAGUUCUGGCCUCAACGUCGUCGGCUUUAACUGGAUAGCAUCGCCGGCGGCCACCGAGCUCGAGAGCAUUGUGAUGGAUUGGUUUGGGAAGUUGCUAAGACUUCCCACUUCUUUCCUUUUCUCCGGCGGCGGUGGAGGGGUACUCCAAGGCACCACAUGCGAAGCCAUGGUGUGCACUAUUGUGGCCGCUAGGGAAAAAAUGUUGGGCAAGAUUGGGAGAGACAACUUUGGGAAGCUUGUUGUCUAUUCAUCCGAUCAAACACAUUUUUCACUAAAAAAGGCCGCACAGAUUGCCGGCAUAAACCCCCACAACGUUCGUGUCAUCGAGACUACAAAAGCUGACCUGUUUGCUUUAUCCCCAGAAGCACUUCAAUCCUCUAUUCUUUGUGAUAUAGAACAAGGCCUAAUCCCCUUGUAUUUAUGCGCGACGCUAGGGACAACAGCAACCACCGCCGUCGAUCCAAUACGGCGGCUGUGCGAAAUCGCCGGCAAACACGACAUAUGGGUGCACAUAGACGGGGCGUAUGCAGGAAGUGCAUGUAUUUGCUCAGAAUAUCAGCAUUAUCUCGAUGGGGUUGAAAAUGCAGACUCUUUCAGCCUUAAUGCACAUAAAUGGUUGUUUUCAACGUUGGAUUGUUGCUGCCUUUGGGUGAAGCAUCCAACGGAUCUAACAAAGGCUUUGUCUACCAACCCCGAGUGCUUGAGGAACAACGCCACCGAGUCGAAGCAAGUGGUUGAUUAUAAAGACUGGCAAAUCGCAUUGAGCCGACGCUUUAGAGCACUAAAAUUGUGGAUAAUUUUCAGGAGUUAUGGCGUGGCAAAUCUCAGAAACUUCAUUCGUGGAGCGGUGAAUAUGGCGAAAGGUUUUGAAGGGCUUGUUGCCAAGGACGAGAGGUUUGAGAUUAUGGUUCCAAGGAAUUUUUCUUUGGUUUGCUUUAGAGUGUCGCCAACGGCAAUUGAGAAGCAUCUCAAGGCUUCACAUAGGGAUGAAGAUGAAGUGAAUGAGUUCAAUGCGAAGGUGUUGGAGGCCAUAAAUUCAAGUGGGAAAAUUUUCAUGACUCAUGCAGUGAUGGAAGGAGUGUAUAUGAUGAGGUUCGCCGUCGGGGCACCAUUAACCGAAUUCCGGCAUGUGGAGAUGGCUUGGAAGGUGAUUCAAGACCAUGCAACUUCUAUGCUCAAUAAUGCAGCUUAAUGAGUUGGGAAUUGAAUUUGCUUAUGUUUGCAUGUUUCUGUGUGUGGGGUUUUCUUUUUUUUUUUUUCUUUUUUUUUUUCUGCCAUUAUGAAGGUCAUUUAUUCCAGUUCUAGUGAGUAUAAUAUAUGUAAUAA